UUUUAAAAACAAUUGUUGAAUAAAUAUUAUAAUGGAAAUUGUUAAUCCAUGUUAUUCUCUGUACUCAAAUUUGGAAGUAAUGGAGACGUUGAAAAAUUCAAAAGAUACAAAAAAGAAAUAUGGUUUAAGGAAUUUGGCUACAAUUUCAUAUGAGACAUUACAAUAUUUAGAAGAUACGCCGUGUAAAGUGCAGAGCAAGCCAUCUAUAGCCACUUUUCUGAAAAGCAUCGAGCCAUACAAGCUCACUUCGAACGAAUGCCUAAUGAUUACCAAUGACCCACCAACCUGUGCUUUGCAUGUACAACUCCUAGUUGAGGACAGUGAGGAACGUUUUACUGAACAACAAGUUAAUGAAUUGCUGGACAUUGUGAAACAACAUUUCUCUUUGGAGGAAAGAAAUUGAAUUUGUUUUGUUGGAAAACAAAAAAAAAAAUCAAACUUAUUUUGU